AUGGCACAUUGUCUGAAGUUCAGUGAUGUUUGUCCAUUCAGCAGAUCGUUGCGGCGAAGAUCAAGUCGCCGACGCCGUCGAACACCUCCUCGAAAGCGUGCGCGUAGUUCCAGUUCAUCCAGUCGGGGAACCUAUGAUGGUUUUGAGUCAGUUAUCUCGUUGAAAGAUGAAUGUCCGUACUCCUGUAAACAGUGUCGCCGUGGUUUCUAUACUAUCAAGGAGUUGGCUGAACAUGAGAUUCGUGCGCAUGAUAUGAAAAUUCCGUGCGCUCAUUGCGAUAAGAAUGCCAUUUCUGUGACGAAGCUAGCUGCACACAUGUUAUUUCGACAUCCGACGCAAGACGCCGAAUGUUACUAUUGCGAACAAGUGUUCGGUGGUACAGCUGAGAAGCUUGACAAGUCGGAAUGGGACGAGUUUCGUGACCAUUUUAAGGAAGUGCUGAAGAAAAGAGUGUACGACCACACGUCCAAGGCAAGAGGAUCGUCAAGCGAUGCAGUCGCGUUGCGUGGAGUUGGUCGAUGUCCCCAUGGUGCAGCUGUUAAGUGCAAAAACUUCCCGAAUUGUCCGGGUCCCAAGUGUAUUUAUUCGCACGGACAGUGCCGAUACGACAUCACCUGCAACAAGUCCACAUGUCCAUUCGAUCACUCAAAUAGACCGCGUGUGUGUAUGGCAUGUGUUAAUGACAUGAGGGGUGAACGGAGUCGACGGCGGAACUGA